CGCGCGGGGGGGUCCCCGCGCCCCGCCGGCGCUCGACUCUGUCCUCCCCCUGCCCCGCGCUUGGGGGGAUUUUUUUUUUUCCCCGUAGAGGAGGCGACCAGGAGCCCCCCGCUUUCUCCCGCAGGAACAGGGGUGCGGGGAGAAACUUAUUUUCAACAAGUUUUUUUUCUUUUUUUUGGCCCCUUCCCCCCCUCCUUUUUUUUUCCUCCCCCUGUGUGUUAAUUAUUUUAGCCCCUUUCCCCUUUCGAUGUGCGGCUUUGGACAUGCGGAGGCUACUGCAACCGUGUUGGUGGAUCUUUUUCUUGAAAAUCACCAGCUCCGUGCUCCAUGAUGUGGUGUGCUUCCCCGCUCUGACCGAAGGUUAUGUGGGCUCUCUGCAUGAGAACAGACAUGGGAGUUCUGUGCAGAUCCGCAGGAGAAAGGCUUCAGGGGACCCUUACUGGGCCUACUCGGGUACCUAUGGUCCUGAGCACUGGGUGACAUCCAGUGAGAAGUGUAGGGGGUCUCACCAGUCCCCCAUAGACAUCGUCGACCACCUGGCCCACGUUGGAGAGGAGUAUCAAGAGCUGCAGCUGGAUGGCUUUGACAAUGAAUCUUCAAACAAGACUUGGAUGAAAAACACAGGAAAAACAGUUGCUAUCCUGCUGAAGGACGAUUAUUUUGUCAGUGGUGCUGGGUUACCGGGCAGAUUCAAGGCAGAGAAAGUGGAGUUUCACUGGGGCCAAAGCAACGGGUCGGAUGGCUCUGAACACAGCAUCAACGGCAAGAGGUUCCCCGUGGAGAUGCAGAUUUACUUCUACAAUCCUGAUGACUUUGACAGUUUUGGAACAGCAGUUCUAGAAAACAGGGUGGUAGGAGCCAUGGCUGUGUUUUUUCAAGUCAGUCAGAGGGACAAUUCAGCACUGGAUCCCAUUAUCCAUGGGUUGAAGGGCGUGGUACAUCAUGAGAAGGAGACCUUUCUGGAUCCCUUUGUGCUGAGGGAACUUCUGCCAACGUCUCUGGGGAGCUACUACCGCUACACAGGUUCUCUGACUACUCCUCCCUGCAGCGAGAUCGUGGAGUGGAUCGUUUUUAGGAAGCCUGUGCCCAUUUCUUACCACCAGCUGGAGGCAUUUUACUCCAUCUUCACCACUGAGCAGCAGGACCAUGUCAAGUCUGUGGAGUACCUGAGGAAUAACUUCCGACCCCAGCAAAGCCUGAACAACAGGAAGGUAUCCAAGUCUGCUGUGAAGGAUGCUUGGAACCAAGACAUGACAGACAUCUUGGAAAAUCCACUCGGUACAGAAGCUUCCAAAGCUUGUAGCACUCCUCCGGUCAACAUGAAAGUGCAGCCUGUGAACAGGACAGCACUACUGGUGACCUGGAACCAGCCAGAAACCAUUUACCACCCUCCAAUCAUGAACUACAUGAUCUCAUACAGCUGGACUAAAAAUGAAGAUGAAAAGGAGAAGACUUUCACCAAGGAUAGUGACAAGGACCUGAAGGCCAUCAUUAGCCAUGUCUCACCUGACAUCCUUUAUCUGUUCAGAGUUCAAGCAGUUUGCCGAAAUGAAAUGCGUAGUGACUUUAGCCAGACUAUGCUCUUUCAAGCUAACACCACUCGAAUUUUCGAGGGGACCCGAAUUGUGAAGACAGGAGUGCCCACAGCAUCUCCUGCCUCCUCAGCAGACAUGGCUCCCAUCAGCUCCGGCUCCUCCACCUGGACCUCCUCGGGGCUCCCCUUCUCCUUCGUGUCCAUGGCCACGGGCAUGGGCCCUUCCUCCAGCGGCAGCCAGGCCACCGUGGCCUCCGUGGUGACCAGCACCUUGCUGGCAGGGCUGGGCUUCAGCGGUGGGGGCAUCUCCUCCUUCCCCAGCAGCGUGUGGCCCACCCGGCUGCCCGCGGCCGCCGCCCCCAGCAAGCAGGCCGGCCGCGCCGUGGUGGCCACCACCGAGGCCGCCGCCGCCUCCCCAGGGCCGGAGCGGGACUCGGCUCUGACCAAGGAUGGUGAGGGAGCUGAGGAGGGGGAGAAGGAUGAAAAGAGUGAAAGCGAGGACGGGGAGCGGGAGCACGAGGAAGAGGAAGAGAAGGAUGCUGAAAAGAAGGAGAAGAGCAGGGCGACGGCAGCCUCAGAGGCACGCAACAGCACAGAGGCCAGCGUGGCUGUGGCUUCCCCCAACAGGACUGCUGAGGAAGAAGGAAAUAAAACCCUACCGGGAGAAGUGCCAAACCAAAACGUUGCCCCCACGGCUGGAGGUGUGGAGAAGGAGAGCUCUGCCGAAGCCGACACUCAGCCCCAGCUGCUCCCUUCCACCCAAGUGCCACCAGCGUUCACCGACGAACUGGACCCGGGCAAGAUCCCAAGAAGACCAGAGACAACAAGAAAUCCUCCUCCAAAGAUGGACAGGUUUCCAGAGGAGCAUCCCUCAGAUAACAAAUUCAUCACCAUUAACCCAGCUGGCAAGAACAGCUCCAGCAUGGCCACAAGACCUUCUCCUGGUAAAAUGGAAUGGAUCAUCCCACUCAUUGUGGUCUCAGCACUGACCUUCGUGUGCCUCAUCCUUCUCAUCGCUGUGCUUGUCUACUGGAGAAAGUGUUUUCAGACUGCUCAUUUCUAUGUGGAGGACAGCAGUUCCCCCCGUGUGGUCCCCAAUGAAAGUAUUCCCAUUAUACCUAUUCCAGAUGAUAUGGAAGCAAUUCCAGUCAAGCAGUUUGUUAAACACAUCAGUGAGCUGUAUUCUAAUAACCAGCAUGGGUUCUCAGAAGACUUUGAGGAAGUGCAGCGCUGUACGGCUGACAUGAACAUCACUGCAGAGCAUUCCAACCACCCCGACAACAAGCACAAGAACAGAUACAUCAACAUCCUGGCCUAUGAUCACAGCAGGGUGAAGCUAAGGCCUUUACCAGGAAAAGAUUCUAAGCACAGUGACUACAUUAACGCGAAUUAUGUUGAUGGUUACAACAAAGCAAAAGCCUACAUUGCUACCCAGGGACCUUUAAAGUCUACCUUUGAAGAUUUCUGGAGGAUGAUUUGGGAACAAAAUACAGGAAUCAUUGUCAUGAUCACAAACCUUGUUGAAAAAGGAAGAAGGAAGUGUGAUCAGUACUGGCCCACGGAGAACAGUGAGGAGUACGGCAACAUCAUCGUCACGCUCAAGAGCACAAACGUCCACGCCUGCUACACCGUGCGCCGCUUCACCGUCAGGAACACCAAGAUGAAAAAGGGCCAGAAGGGGAACCCCAAAGGGCGGCAGAACGAGAGGACUGUCAUUCAGUACCACUACACCCAGUGGCCUGACAUGGGCGUGCCCGAGUAUGCCCUGCCCGUGCUCACCUUCGUCAGGAGAUCCUCGUCAGCCAGAGCCCCGGACAUGGGACCAGUGGUGGUGCACUGCAGUGCUGGUGUUGGCAGAACUGGUACCUACAUUGUGAUAGACAGUAUGCUGCAGCAGAUAAAAGACAAAAGCACAGUUAAUGUCCUGGGUUUCCUGAAACAUAUCAGGACGCAGCGCAACUACCUCGUCCAGACAGAGGAGCAGUACAUUUUUAUUCAUGAUGCCUUGUUGGAAGCCAUCCUUGGGAAGGAGACUGAAGUGUCUGCAAACCAGCUGCACAGUUAUGUUAACAGCAUCCUCAUUCCUGGCAUAGGAGGGAAGACACGGCUAGAAAAGCAAUUCAAGCUGGUUACACAGUGUAAUGCAAAAUACGUGGAAUGCUUCAGUGCUCAGAAAGACUGCAACAAAGAGAAGAACAGGAACUCAUCAGUUGUGCCAUCUGAGCGUGCUAGAGUGGGCUUGGCACCACUGCCUGGAAUGAAGGGAACAGAUUACAUUAAUGCCUCUUAUAUCAUGGGCUACUACAGGAGUAACGAGUUCAUCAUAACCCAACAUCCACUGCCACAUACAACUAAAGAUUUCUGGAGAAUGAUCUGGGACCACAAUGCACAGAUCAUUGUCAUGCUGCCGGACAACCAGAGCCUGGCAGAAGAUGAGUUUGUGUACUGGCCAAGUCGUGAGGAAUCCAUGAACUGCGAGGCCUUUACUGUGACCCUUAUCAGCAAAGACAGACUGUGCCUCUCUAAUGAAGAGCAAAUUAUCAUCCAUGACUUUAUCCUGGAAGCUACCCAGGAUGACUACGUGCUGGAAGUCCGCCACUUUCAGUGUCCCAAAUGGCCAAACCCUGAUGCUCCCAUCAGCAGUACCUUUGAACUUAUCAAUGUAAUCAAGGAAGAGGCCUUAACAAGGGAUGGCCCCACCAUAGUUCAUGAUGAGUAUGGAGCUGUGUCAGCAGGAACUCUCUGUGCCCUUACCACUCUGUCUCAGCAGCUGGAGAAUGAAAAUGCUGUCGAUGUGUUCCAGGUGGCAAAGAUGAUAAAUCUUAUGCGGCCUGGAGUAUUUACAGACAUUGAACAGUACCAGUUUCUUUAUAAGGCAAUGCUAAGCUUGGUCAGCACUAAGGAAAAUGGAAAUGGUCCCAUGACACUGGACAAAAAUGGUGCUGUGAUGGCCAGUGACGAAUCUGAUCCUGCAGAAAGCAUGGAGUCUCUUGUCUAAUUGGAAACCUGAAAAGGCACUUAAUUUGUAGAACUUCUGAAGACUGAGUGAACUUUUUUGAGGCCUUUUUUGCCAGACUCUAGGUUAUACAAUAACCCAAUUACUUUUUUACACUGAUAAAAGUUUUGAUAUUUAUUUUUUGCCAUUUUAUGUCUUAAUGGUAUCCUACUGAGCAUUUGCACCUCUGUUUAUUUCACACAGUGAAACGCAAUUUUAUCUAGUUUGCACUAUAUGAUCAGUGUUACUGCCUAUAAUAUCCUAAUACAAGACAAGCCCUGAUGUGACAUUCCAUGACAACAAACAUAUGCUUUUUCUGUUUUGUUUAAAUGCAGUGAAGUUUUGCUAACUACAGUGACCCUGGAAUCUUAAAUCUUGAAUGCUAGGCCAGAUGGAUUCUUUCUACAACAGAUACUGUACCCCUUCAUACCACAUUUAUUAUUUAGUGAUCAUGUCAAAGUUUUGGUAACGGUGUUCUGCAUUCCAGUGGAGUGGAUGAGCAGUGUUCAUCCUUUCUUGACAAAAUGUGGCAGGUGAUUAUUAGCUACAGUGCAGGUCCAACAGCCUUGUAGAGCUGAAACAAUUAUUUCUGUAUUGUUUCAAAUUGCUGUGUUCUUACAGGCCUGAGACUUGCUUCACGUGGAAUAUAUGAAUUACAUACAAGAUAAUUAUAAAUUAGAUGCAAUUCAUAUGUGGGAUGCAAUGAUAAGUUUUGAAUUUACAGUUUCAAAGUUUCCCCAUGUAUUCAGGAAAAUGUUGAUUUUGGUUUUUAACCAGCCCUGUGAUGGGAAAGAAUUUUGUUUUAUUUUCAUCGGAGCCAAUACAGUGAGAAAUCUACAACAACCCAAAAGCAGACCAGUUUUCAGAUAUAUUAAAGGUAGCAAUAUUUUACAUUACUAAGCUAUUCAAUAUUUUAAACACAUCUAAUUUCCUUACUAUUUCUUGAAUAUGACUUCACACCUAAUGGUAUGUUACAUAAUGACAGGCGUUUCUUAAUUUCAUAACUGUUAGAUGCCAUUUUUACAGGUGUGUAAUUUUCAUACUUUAGUGCUAAAACAUAAAGUACUGAUCCAUAUUUACUGGUGAAGCAAACUAAUAAAAAAACUACCUAUAAAGUUA